ACCCUUCCGCAUUUUCUCUUUAUCAUCAACCCUUUCCGUUUCUAAAACCCUCUCUCUCUCAACCAAAAACCUUCCAAUUCAAUCCACAUAACCAUGAGUUCAUUCAACAGCACACCCAACUUCGACAACCUCCUCCUCCAAACCCUAAUGGGCAGGCUCCAAAUCCGCCCACCAAACCUUCACUCACCACCAAUCCUCACCCAAACCCUAGAAGACCUCCUCUUCGACAUCAACAACCUCUCCGACGGCGACGAAGACGACGACAGCAAGCCCCAACUCGCAAAGGAAGAAAGGAAGCUCGAAAAGGAGAUUAUUCGAACAAUCCUCAGUGGAAAAACCGAAACCCUCAAACCCAAUUCAGGUCAGGCCGUUACAAUUGGUGAGCAUCAUAUAUGUGUUGGAUUUCACGAGGAGACCGAUUCGGAUUAUCGUGUUUGGGAGUGGCAUGGACAUAUAAUGCUGUUUGAUGAAGAAAAUGGGUAUACACCUGAGUAUAUAUAUGGUAAUUACUUUGAGAGAGUUCCUGUGAAGCCUGUUGUUGCAAGGGAUGAUGAAAAGAAGGGCGAUGAGAAGGAGGAGAAAGUGGGAAAUCUGGGAUUGAGGGAAUUGAUCGAAUCGGGCGACUCCAGCAGCAGUCGAAUUCUUCAUCGGAAUGUCAGUGCUGGGUCUCCAAGGGUUUAGUUGAGGUUUGGCAGAUUCAGUGAAGGAGCUCUGGGUUUUGGAGAGGGAGACUGCAUCUCUCUGUGGAGAUUGAAAUUCUAACUUCUACUGAGCGUCUUUCAGCGGUUUUCAAGGGGCAGAUGGCAUCACUUUCUUGUUUUUAUGCUUGAAUUCAAUAUAAAAUGAACAGUCCAGAAUUGGACGAAAAGACGUUUGUAAGAUUGAACCUUUUCUCAGCAGUUUCUUUAAUGGAGCAGCAGAACGAAUAGCUGUCUCAUUUUGUUCAUCAUCCCAUCAAAAUCUUUGCAGAUUAGUUUAUUGGUUUUCUUCCUCUUA